CAUGCAGGAGAGUAUAAAAAUAAUAAUCAAACUACGUUGAGAACCCCUUGUUAUUAACAUUCAAAGAGAGAUUGCAUGAGUGGACUCUAUUCUCUCCUUGAAUUCCACAUUGAAUUCGCUGUGCUCAGUGUUGCGCUCACUGGCUAAUCGACGAACACCACUAACGAUGCCACGUUAGUUGAAGGGAAAAUGUCGAACGAAAUAGAUGCCAAGCGUUUAAUCGACGAAGUGCGCAAAAGACCAGCUUUAUGGGACUUGAAUCAUGAGCACAACAAGUCGUACACCGAAGUUGGCAGGCAGUGGAAAGAACUGGCAGCUGUUCUUGGCGUUGAGGAUGUCGAACAGUGUCGACGUAAAUGGAAAAAUUUACGCGAUUCCUACCGUGCUUUGGUAAAACGCUGCGACCUUCGUCGGGCACGUGACGAAGCCUUGGGUAUUUAUGAUCCUCAAAUCAGCUAUGAGAGUAAAUGGACUCAUUUCCAUGAUCUAAGCUUUAUAAGAGACAAGAAGCGUAAACGGCGAACUCGCUUUGAAAUUGAACAGGAUCAAAAUACCAAUUCAACAGAUGAUUGCAAUCAUGAAGCGAAUGUUUUCGACAUUAAAGUGGAGCCAACGUCGUUUAUGGAUGGUGGUGAUCAAGAAGUAUUCUUCAUCGAGGAAUUUGAUGAUGAUGAUGCCGAUAUGACAGAUUUGGAAUUUCAAGAUAUCGAUACAUUGUUGCCAGAGCAACAAUUCAAACAUAUACCAGCUAAAAUAUCCGUAAUCAAUGGACCGAAGACCAGCAACGAGGCCCAGAGAACAUCAUCCACUACAACACCUCCAGUAACCCAAUCCAAUGAAGCGACAACAUCAUCAUCCGCCCGUUUACCAUUACCACUGCCACCAGCAAUAAAAGUGGCAAUACUGCCAAAAGAAACGAGUACGGCAACUCCAACUCCCAACAAUAACGACAACAACACAAAAGAAUUUUCAAAUUCAUCGCGUAGCGAAAAAAAUGUUCAUUUUCUCGAAAAUCUAGAACGUGAAGAACACAAACUAAUGCAGUCGACACGAGAAGAUAUACAUCGUGCCAUUGACCAUAGCGGUGAUCCAGAUUAUAAUUUUCUGGUCAGUUUCCUGCCGCAUAUGAAGAAAAUGAAUGAUUUACAAAACUUACAGAUGCGUGCACGUAUGAGUGACUUGGUAUUGAAUAUUUUGUCGCAGCCAGGGCAAAAUCAAGCGACAUCGUCACCGGCAGCAGCGAGCUCUGCUCGUGGUAAUAAUCCCCAAUAUUCUUCAUUUCACAAUAGGAAUUUUACAAUAAAUGCCGCCACAUCAACCAGUUCCAAUAAUUUAAAAUAAAUUGCAUGCGAUUUUUUAGUUUUAAUAUUAUUUAAAUGGCGACUUAGUUUAUAAAUAUAUUAUUGUUAAAAAAAUGAAAAUAAAACAGGUUCAGAAUAAAGUUGAAAUCUGAUAAAAUUACAAAAAAAAAAA